GUCAUCCAGAAUUCCUAAGAGGCUAAAGGAUGAGGUGUCUGGAAUGCCACUUGCAUCAUUUUUGUUAGUGUUGCAAUAACGGGUUUCCAUUUUCUCUGCUGGGGCAGUGGCUGGUGCUCUCUUGCCUCUGCCUGGUGAACCUUUAAUCUUUGGGGACUGGAAACGUUGCCCCCCAAUCUCAGCGACGCUCAGCCUUGAGCUUAAGCAAACACCAACAAAAAGAGCGGGCGGCUGAGUUGCCUUGUCAGUUUCAAAGACCAGGUGGCUGAGAGCAUUACAGGAAGGGAACAGGUUCCAUCUCUCCCUUGCAGCACAGACAUCUCCUUCCUUCUUGGAGAAUUUGGAAGGCUCACUACCAUCAGUGAUGAAGAAAGAGUUUGAGACCUUGCAACUGGUGGAGCAGAUCCUAUCUGAAUUCCAGCUACAGGAAGAGGAUUUGAAGAAGGUGAUGCGUCGGAUGCAGAAGGAAAUGGACCGAGGCUUAAAAUUAGAGACACAUGAGGAGGCCUCAGUGAAGAUGCUGCCCACAUAUGUACGGUCUACACCAGAAGGAUCAGAAGUUGGAGAUUUCCUAUCUUUGGAUCUCGGGGGUACCAAUUUCCGAGUGAUGCUGGUCAAGGUGGGAGAUGAUGAGGAAGGGCAAUGGAAGGUGAAGACAAAACAUCAAAUGUAUUCCAUUCCAGAGGAUGCCAUGACAGGAACCGCUGAAAUGCUCUUUGAUUAUAUUUCGGAAUGCAUCUCUGACUUCCUGGACAAACACCAGAUGAAGCACAAAAAGCUGCCUCUGGGCUUUACAUUUUCCUUCCCUGUUCGACAUGAAGACAUUGAUAAGGGAAUUUUGCUGAACUGGACAAAAGGCUUCAAAGCAUCUGGAGCUGAAGGGAACAAUAUUGUGGGACUUCUGAGAGACGCUAUCAAGCGAAGAGGGGAUUUUGAGAUGGAUGUAGUUGCAAUGGUCAAUGACACAGUAGCAACAAUGAUAUCCUGCUAUUAUGAGGAUCACAGAUGUGAAGUUGGCAUGAUUGUGGGCACAGGUUGCAAUGCUUGCUACAUGGAGGAAAUGGAAAAUGUGGAACUGGUGGAAGGAGAUGAAGGACGGAUGUGCGUGAACACUGAAUGGGGGGCUUUUGGGGAGUCAGGAGAGUUAGACGAGUUCCUCUUGGAGUACGAUCGUGUGGUGGACGAAACCUCGCUUAACCCCGGUCAGCAGCUGUAUGAGAAGAUCAUAGGUGGGAAGUACAUGGGGGAGAUUGUGCGACUAGUGCUGCUGAAACUCGUCAAUGAAAACUUACUCUUCAAUGGAGAAGCUUCAGAAAAGCUGAAAACCAGGGGAUCGUUCGAAAGUCGUUUUAUCUCACAAAUUGAAAGUGAUCCUGGUGACCACAAGCAGAUUUACAAUAUUCUGACCUCCUUCGAGCUGUUGCCCUCAGCACUGGACUGUGACAUUGUUCGGAUGACGUGUGAGAGUGUCUCCACACGGGCUGCACAGAUGUGCUCAGCUGGGCUGGCUGGGGUCAUCAAUCGCAUGAGGGACAGCAGGAAUGAGGAGACUCUGAAGAUUACAGUGGGUGUUGAUGGGUCAGUCUACAAGCACCACCCUUGUUUCAAAGAGCGUUUCCACACAUCAGUCAGGCGUCUCACUCCGGGCUGUGACAUCUCCUUCCUGCAGUCAGAAGAAGGCAGUGGCCGAGGAGCUGCUCUCAUUUCUGCUGUAGCGUGCAAAAUGGCUUGCAUGAUUGGCCAAUGAGAUGGACCAUGAAAGGGAGGCCACCUUCCUGGAAAAGCACCUCUUCUUCCCAGUGACCCAGGCUGUGUUGUUUUAGGGUGUGCCCAGGAGCAGCACCAAUAGGAGGAAAUACUUCCUGGAGAGGGGACAGUUGAGCUGACCACCAGACAGAACGACGGCUGGAGCAACAUUGGGUUCCUCCUAACUUCUAUCUGUAGACAAUGCAAUAACUUUUUCAAACUUCAGCUUCUCCUUUUUCUUCUUGAAACCUUCUCCAAUACUACAUGAUGGGGGGGAGGGGGUUGAGGGGUGUUCAGUUUAUGUAUUAAAGAAGUUUCACAUAGUUCUCUGGAAGUAUUGAGUGAAUGGGGAGGAAAUUAAUUUGUUCUGGGAAAAAAAUUGCUCAACAAAAAGAGAUCUAGACCAAUCAGCACCAAGUUGAUUAGAAGAGUAACCCAAAUACUGUUUUUCCCAGUGCUGUGAUUAUUGGAGCCUUGCUUAAUAGAAUGGAUAGCAUUACAUUUAGAAGAGAAGAAAGGAAGGCACAGACAUCAGGUCUAAAGUGUAGAAUCAUCCAAAACAUACCUCUGGUUUCUUCUUUAGAAAAUCAGGUUCUAAGGAGAUUAAAACAAGGGUCCCUAUCAAUGCUUGGUGGCUAGAUAUGAUCUCCAUUUCAAUGUUCCUAGGAAUUUUUGAUGCUGAUUUUUCCCCCAAGCAGCUGUUAAUUCUGUCUUGAUGUGGCUUGGGCCAUGCAGGUCCCCACUUGCUUUUAACCACAGCGCAAAGAUCCUGUGCGCUAGCGAUCUCUUUUUCUCACUGUGUUCACAUGACGCUGCUUUCAUCUUGUUUCUAGCCCAUAAGAGACAGACUUACGUUGUGGUUAGCUGUUAAAUAAUCUUUCCCCCUUUAUUCUGGUAGCAGGGGCAACUUCAAGAAAUCUAAGAUCUGUUAGACUUCGUCACUCUCGCCUUGGAGAGGACUCAGGGGAUGGGCCAUGGCUGGGAACAAAGGCAUUAGAAGCAAUGGAGGGAUGAGCGAUGGGAACAGCCAAAUUCAUGCCUUUAUAGUUUUCUAGCAGCUCAAACAUGGGUGGACAGCACUUCAACUCACUAACAGAGAAAGGCUCUAAGUGGGUGUAUCAAAUCUGAACUUAAGAUACUGUCUCCAGAAAUAGCACAAUCCAGAUGCCUGAAGCUUCAUGUGGUUUCAUGACACUCCAGAUCUAAGUCAAACAUGAAUCCCAGAGGCCUGAGACCAAGCUGAUUAUUCUGUAUACAGUAUCAGUGAUGACCAUAGAAGAGUGGGAAAUGAUGCAAAGUGGCAGAUUCAUCCUGUACCUGGUUGACUCAAGGUGUUACAUCGUUCCCUAGUAUUGGGAUAUGGGUUCAGGUGGGAUGCACUUGUGCUGGGUUUUUACACCCUGGUUUAAUCUAUCUAGGGGGUUAAUCGCCAUUUCAGUGUGUUUGGUUCCCCAUAAAACAUUAGAUAACCACAUUGCCUAUUUUCAACAAGCAUGGCUGGAGGCUUGACGGGGUGUAAGAAAUGGGUUCUGGAGCCCCACAUCUUUAUCAUUUCCUGAUUUUGUCUUUUUUAGCUUCCUCUUUUUUCAGCUCUGGUUCUAUUUUUAGAAGCUGAGAAAAAUAGAGCCCAAUACUUCCUAUAAAAACCACAGGCCCAAGACUAAAUAUGAAAUGGUUUUGCUCUUUCUCUGCAUGCCUGAAUUUGGGCUCAGCAGUGAUUUGUUGACACCCAGAUAAUUAGCCCAUUAGUGUAGAUGGGAUGUAGUUGGACAAAAAUGCCUGUUACUAAAGACAAGGGUGGUAUGUGUUGCAGUGGCUAAAAUUGACGAUUGGGUGAAUGCAAUGAAGAUUCUGGUCUAGACAUACAUGAGAUGAAGAAGGAUUCAUGGAUAGAGUAGUGAAAAAAAGUGGGGGGGGGGACCUGGAGCAGUUUGUAUGAAGCACUGGCUAAGGUGAAAAAUGUGCAGGUUCUUGUCACACAAUCAGAAAGAUAGAUUGCUGAGCAGGUCAGAAACUGACACACAAGCACAUCUAUUUUCUGGGAAGUUUAGCAAAGGUAGGCUGGAAUGCAAACAUAUUUGCACAGUAAGAAAUACACAUAAUUCUGCUUUUUUUAAUGGAAUACCUUGCCAAUCUCUUAGUUCCCCCUCUUUCCCACAGACGUUUUGGUCAUACAGUUGCUUGACUUAGGCACACUUGCUUGCUUAUCCCUGGCAAAAUAUUGUUUAUUUUCCUGGUUUAUUUUACUGCUGUCUCCUGCUAUCCUUUUCAUAGUUUGCGGGGUCUUUUAUAUUAAAAGUAACAUAUAUUAAAAGUAACACAUAUAAAAACAUUAAAA